AUGGGAAAGUUAUCAAUCAUGUUGCAGGGUAAGUGCAAGAACCGCAAGGAAUCAUCAUUAUCAUGGCCAUUGACAAAAUGCUUUCACCACACCAAUACAAGAGAUACUGCCACGAGAAUUGCAGAAGAAUGGAAAGUUGAUUUUUCUGAUCUCUUCAUCGGGCACAGGUUUUCUCACGGUGCUCACAGUAAAAUUUACCAUGGCAUAUACAAGCAGCAACAUGUUGCUAUCAAAAUUUUCCAGGUAGGAGAAUGUGAGGAAGAUGGAAACCUUAGAUCUCUUUUGGAGACACAAUUUUUGAGAGAAGUUGCACAUCUACCUCGUCUGCACCAUCAGAAUGUGGUGAGUUUCAUAGCAGCAUGCAGAUAUUCUGAUUCUUAUUACAUUCUCACGGAGUAUCAACAAAAGGGUUCUUUGAGGGCACAUUUGAACACGUUGGAGUCGAAGCCAAUCUGUCUCAGGAAGGUCAUACUUUUUGCUUUGGAUAUUGCUCGUGGAAUGGAAUAUGUGCAUGCACAAGGCAUCAUUCACAGAGACCUUAAACCUGAGAAUGUGCUUGUAGAUAAGAACUGUAACCUCAGAAUUGCUGAUUUUGGCGUUGCUUGUUUGGCUUCAAAGUGUGACUCAUUGAGGGGAACGUAUCGUUGGAUGGCACCAGAGAUGAUCAAAGGAAAAUGCUAUGGGAGGAAGGUUGAUGUGUAUAGUUUUGGGCUUAUUUUGUGGGAGUUGGUGAGUGGAACACUUCCAUUUGAGCAUAUGAAUCCAGUUCAGGUUGCUGUUGCAGUAGUUCAUAGGAAUUCAAGGCCUGUUAUUCCCACACAUUGCCCACAAGGUUUGAGAGAUUUGAUCAAUCAAUGUUGGGCAUUGAAACCACAGAAGAGACUUGAAUUCUGUCAGAUUGUUCGAGUUUUGGAGCAAAUGAUCAAAGACAUUUUCCUCUAA